AUGCUAAGUCUAUUGGCACUUAAUUACACUUUGACUAUGGUGGUUACUCCUCAAUACGCUCAAUUUGGAAGCCAAAUAUAUUGUAAUCAUACGGUAAACGAGGUUCGUAACUGUACCGAUUAUCCCCAAUUAAUUAUACCAUGUGAUGUUACCGCACCAGCAGAUAUCUGUACGCCAACGGUAAUUUCGACAUUUAUCCAUCGUAUAACAGUCAACACACCAUUUUUCGGAGUAAUAUUUUAUCAUGCUCAUUGGGUAUUUUUGGGGGUUACAUUACUUGGAUUUAUAUAUGCUAUGAUUAAAUCACCUAGCGAUAGAUUAUAUGAUGAUUUAGAUGAUGAAAUGGACGAAGAGGAGGAAGGAUUUUUAAUGGCUAAUUCCCCGAAACUACAAGAAUUCUUAUCAUGGGCACAAGAAAGAGGAGUCAUUUCAGAUAUACAAGUACAAGAUAUACCGGAUAAGGGGUUGGGUUUUGUUACAAAACGUAACGUUACUCGAGACAACUCAAUAGUAGCUUAUAUACCGUAUAGCAUAUUACUUAACGCGACAAAAAUUAGUAGAUACGCUAAAGAUAAAGCACCGAAAUUAGAGGAAACGUUUAACGCAUUAAUGGCAGAGGGAAAACAUUUGUCAGAACGCGAUAUCUUCAUACUUUUUUUAUUAUAUGAGAGACUUGCUCCAGGAGGGGAAACAUCAUCAUUAUGGAAAGCGUACAUUGAUAUAUUACCUCGUACACUUCAUACACCAUUAUUUUAUGAUCCAACAUUGAGGGCAUGUCUUGAUGGGACAAGUUUGAAACCAGCGGUAGAUGCAAAAUAUAAUAAAUUAAAAAAGGAAUACGAAUCAUUAAGGUCAUUAUUUAAUAAAUGGUCAAAGGUGGAAGAUGCUGGUGGACAUGAUGUUGUCACAUUUGAGCAUUUCAGGUGGGCGGAUGGCGUGUUUUGGUCAAGAGUAUUGUCAUUUGGUAGUAGAUUUCAAACGAUUGAUUCCAUUGAAGGUGAUUUGGAUGAUUUUCAUUUGGUACCAUUCCUUGAUUUCGCCAAUCAUUCUUUAACACCUUACGCAAGAUGGGAAAUUGGAACGGAAGGGGUUGAAUUAAUCCUUACCAAAUCUGAUUCACUUGAACCGAUCACCUCUGAUACGGAAAUUUGUAUUUCUUAUGGUGAUAAACCAAAUUCCGAAUUAUUAUUUGUGCAUGGAUUUACUUUAUCCGACAACCCAUGGUCCGCGAUCUCGUUUCCCGUUCCAUUUUAUGAUGAUGAUGAAUUGGCAAAAGCGAAAUUAUUAUUCAUGCAAUAUCAUGGUAUUAAACAUUUAGUCUCUCUCGCAAGGAAAAAAGGUGGUGCGGAAUUAUCCCAUGAUUCGACUAGAGCGAUGUGGAUAUGUGUAUUAGCCGAAGAGGAUGGAAUUAAAUUUAAAUUGAAUCACAAUGAUCCUUCUCAUCCGAUUGAUUUAUUUAUUGGAAAUCAAAUAAUUCCAACGCUUGAUGUCUUUGAUAACGUUAUUAAUAGUAUGGAAUUAUUACCUGUGAUUGAGUUUAGGGUUAUGGAAUCUGUAUUAGAAAAUGUUGAAUAUUUAUUAUCCCACCUUAAACAAACGAAUGAACAAGUAUUAAAAAUGAUGGAACACGGAAGAAAUUCCCGUGAAUUAGAAUAUGUAAGGAUUUAUAGGGAAGACGAAUAUAAAUUUUUGGAAUUUGCUGUUGAAGAUUUUACAAGAAAGCGUGAUGCCUUAAUGACCGAUGAAGUUGUUCAACGUUUCAUGCUUAAUGAUCAAUAA